ACUUAUGUACGUGCAGAUAUUUACAUAUUAUUCCCGUAGCAUUAACUUGGAUCAGUUUCAUCUAUCUCAAUUUUUUCCAUUUAUCUUGCCAUAAGUCGCGUAAAACUUGUGAUAAGUAAGUACAAACUCAUGGCUGAAUCGAAUCCACCACCUCGUUACGUCGCAAAUAAGUCCUCCUGGGGAGUGACGGGGUUCGAACCGGGUAAAACUGUCAUCCUGUCGACACCUCUGAAUUUGAAGUUGACAAAGGAACAGGCCGAAUUAGCUGUGCGAGGAUUCAUCCCAGAAGCGAUGGAGGACAAAUGGUUCAUAUAUUUCGAUCCGGACGAUGACGCCUUCUACUUUCACCGGAGUUGGACUGGUUUUCUUGUCUACAAGGUUACUGCACAGCGUUCAGAUGAUGAGGGUAUGCUUUUAACGCACAUUGAGACACAUCGGGACGCAAAUGACGGGUACAGGGUGAGUUCUGAGUAUCGAGAUAAGGAAGCGUUUGAAAUGGUGAGAAGUUUAAUUGGAUAUAAAUUACUUAAUGAUUGCCCCAACUUUGUGUGCGAAGAAUGGCUUGCCUCCUUUGAAGAAAUUAAGACUAAAAAGAAAAUGUCCAUAUUUAAAUGUUUUAGAUAAGUAAAAUAUUUGAAUAAAUUAAAUGAUGA